AUCUGAAAUAAAUGAAGAAAACGUGUUUGACUGUGAAGGGUGUAUAUUUGUGUGUUGUGUUUUCACAUGUCUUGUCAUGUAUUUCAGCAACCAGCCCAGCACUUUGAAGAGCAACUUGAUAAACCGAACAUCAGCAGAACCUGUACGAUCAGGGCGAGAAAACCUUCCUCCUAAAGCACAUUCAAGAGUUCAGCUCAACUUUAAGGACAACAGUGACAAAGAGUUAAGGACUCUGGCGCCUCCACAGAUGCCUGUAAAUGAAGAAAAGCCAUCAGCAACUUUAGAAAAUGUAUCCCAUCAGCCUCAGGAGUCCAAAGAGGAGGCUGAGUCAGGACACUCAGAGGAUGACUCAGCACUCUUGUCCUCAAUUUGCUAUCGGGCCCACUCGAGAUCUUGCCUCCUGACACCCUCGACUCUCAGCAGACCUGGCUAUACAGACAACGAGGACAGGACGACCAAUCAGCUGCCUGACACCUCCAGACUCCGCCCCCAAGACACCCCCAAACCACAGAUCAACAGAGGUGAUUUCCGAGUGGUCGCUGCCUCUAAACGGUCAUUUUCUGUGGAUGUGGGGUCUGAGGUAGUUGAGGAGAGCUGUUUGGGACGAGGACGGGUUGCUCAGCUCAUGAAAACCUUCAGUGUGUCCAGUGAGUCUCCACCCUCCCAAACGCCGCCCCAUGGCAACAAACCUCCAAUCCCGGAAAAGCCUACCCACUUGAAGCUCCGCCCCUCACCCUCUCUCAGGUAAACAAGGGACCAACCCCAAGGGACACAAGCCAGGGGUCUUCUUCAGUGGCUACAUUUGAAGGGUGUGGGUGCUUAGACUCUCUCAGGAACUUGAAUGUUUUGUUACCAAAGUGACGUAAAAUAAUGUUGUUGUUUUUUUUUAAUAUUAAUGUUUUUCUUUAUUUUUGUUUUUUUUACAUGUAAUGAGUGGUUUAUAAAACUGUUCAGCAGGAAUGAAACAUCAGUCAUAUAGCUACAUAGCUCAAACUUUCGGCAGUAGUGUUGACCUGGCUGUAUCAAUAAACUGCACUUAGAUGCAUGUUUACAAGUGCGUUUCUGUCUUAAAGGGUCACAUGAAAUCUUAAUCACCAGUAUAAGACUGAGUAAACUCCAAACAAAACCAAAUCAUACUAAACCAAAGUUAGUCAUCCCAUUAGUCUGUUUUAUGCAUUUUGCUUCCUUGCAUCAUGAAGGCUGGAGCAUGUAUGAAGGUAUAAGUGAUCAAACUAUGUUUUUGCUUUUUUGCAAUAUCUAUAGGGCAGGGUGGCCAAUAUUAUGCCCAUAUUUACUGUAAAUUACAAUUUCUAUAUAGCAAUUAAGAUGUAUAGAAAGUGGCUGGAUUGAAUUGCUCAAACAUUUUAUACAGUAUUUACUCGAUUCACAAAAAAUAUCAGAAAAUUCACUGGCAAAGUUACAUUUUGGAACUGACACUACAUGUAAUGACCAACUGUGCCAAAUAUCUGAUAUGUUGGUCUAUAAGUGCUGGUUUUCUCAUAGCCAUACCUUUACUUUGAGGUUGAUGGUCUUAUUGUAUUCAAAUUUUCCAUUUUUGGUAAUCAGGUCAGUAGGGCAACGGUCACUUUCAUGUAUUUUGUUUUCUCACGGUCACAUUUGCUUGCACUUAAUGCAGUUUUUUUACGUGUUGUGAUCUGGAAGAGUUUAUAUAAUUACUCUGUAUAAGGCUUGAAUGUCCUGUCCACACAUUCAGGAUAAGUGUGGGAUAUUGCCUCUGUAAUAAAAUGAUCAAACCUC